AUGACAAUUUGCCCAUCUCAUCGAUCUUCCUUAGGUAUAGGAUGGACACGGGGAACCGAUAGGUGUAGGGUUCCAUACGAAAUAUCCAAACAUAAAAACAUAAGAGGCAAAUGUCCUAAAGCAGACAGAGGAAUAAGCAAAUUAUUUUCGCAUGUUAUCUGGAAUAAAACAGGACUAUUGGUUUCAGUAGGAUCAGGUAAGUCCAACGAUCAACAUUUUCACUUGUGUUCAUCUUAUGUAAAUAUAUAUAUUAUAUAAUGAGACUCAAGUCUAGCGGUUACUAUUUUCAGGUGUUUGCAGAUCGUGUAAGCAGGUUCUGACCUCCCUUUCCAAGGAGACUAAGCUUCCAAAGCAAAUGAACGAA